UCAGAGAUAACGGUGCAAACCCAAAGCUAGUUUCGUGUUCUAUGGAAACAUCAUAUUCAUGUUUUGGAACAUGGAGGUUAAACAUUUCAGCAUUAUUUGCUGUUGUUUGUCCUCUGGGCUAAUAGGGCAUGCGUUCAUAUUUGAUGACAUCGCAAAUCACAUCAAUCACCUUCCUGAUUGUUCAAACAACGAAAUUCGAGACCAUUGUCAUGGUAGAGCGCAACAUUGCAAAAGAGAACACGAAGUUUUGGGAGUGCAUUUAUACUAUUGUGAUUGCCAACCUGGCUUUCAUGGAGCUACUUGUGAACAAGAUUCUUGCUAUGACCAGCACUGUACCAAUGGACAAGGUCUUUGCCAUUUGUUGGACACAGAUCCAUACUUUGAGUGUAAAUGCAAACCUGGAUACUCUGGGACAUAUUGUGAAGCUUCAUCCAUAACCACAACGUCAGCACCUACAGUUACGACAACCCUUCCAACAACAACAACAACAACAACAACAACGAAAACCAACCCUGUAUACCAGUAUUGCAACAAAUACUCAGUUGUGAGUGAUUUGUCACAUGGUCAGCCCGUAGCCAAUGAUAAAGCUCCAAAUUGUUCAUCCGGCUUACCCACCUCGAACGAGGCGUUUGUUUUAAACAAUUGCAACGUAAGCGUUCCUAAAGGGUGGCAUCAAGGAACUCAGGUUAUGAGUGAUUGCAAUUCCAUUCCCUCGUAUACGGCAAUUGGUACUUUCCUACAUGGAUAUUAUCCUGUUGGCCACGGCAUAUCAGGCGUUUUCUUGGAAUGCCUUCCAAACGGGUUUAAGAUUGCCUUUCAAGAGCACUGCGACAAAUCGCCAGAAAUCCGACAUAUUGAGCAAGGAGGUGCAGGAUUAUUCGACCCCAACAAAUACUACACAAUUGCCUAACGACCAUCCAGAUUCGUUGUUAUUGCCUUAAACCUGAUUUAAAAUAAAAAGAAAAACAUCAAA